GUUGUGUCAAAUGCUGCUGGACAGGGGGUUGCCAUCACUGGGAACAAUACUUUCAACAACUGGAACUGGCCUAAUGCUGUAAUUUUUGCUGCUACUGUGAUCACUACAAUCGGUUACGGAAAUGUUUCUCCAAAGACACCCUCUGGGCGCCUUUUCUGCAUAUUUUAUGGGCUCUUUGGAGUUCCUCUCUGCUUGACGUGGAUUAGUGCUCUGGGGAAGUUCUUUGGAGGACGUGCCAAGAGGCUGGGCCAGUUUCUGACGAAAAGAGGAGUGAGCCUGAGGAAAGCCCAGAUUACAUGCACAGCUAUUUUCAUUGUUUGGGGCGUCUUGGUCCAUCUGGUUAUUCCUCCCUUUGUCUUUAUGGUGACAGAAGGAUGGGAUUACAUUGAAGGCCUCUAUUUCUCAUUCAUCACUAUCACCACUAUAGGAUUUGGAGAUUUUGUUGCUGGUGUAAAUCCAGAUGCAAACUAUCAUGCCCUUUACAGAUAUUUUGUAGAGUUAUGGAUCUAUCUGGGACUAGCUUGGCUUUCACUCUUUGUUAACUGGAAGGUCAGUAUGUUUGUGGAAGUCCACAAAGCAAUCAAGAAACGGAGGAAAAAAAGAAAAGAAUCAUUUGACAAUCAUCCUCGAUCUAAAAAACCCCUUCAAAUGGGUACCUCAAAGGAUGUCAACAUUUUCAGCUUCCUUUCAAAGAAGGAAGAGACCUACAAUGAUCUUAUUAAGCAAAUUGGGAAGAAGGCCCUGAAGACAAACAAUGACAAAAUGAUUAAAGUAGAAAAUGCCAAACAAAAUAUGCAGAAUGCCAGUAUAGAUGCUCAGGUGAUUUACACAAAGACAGAGUCAUUUGAGUACGAUGAGACUUCCCUGGACAUUCAGAAUGGUCACGUACUGAGACCCCUGCAUGACCCCUCCAAACGUAUUGGAGACAGCCCUCUAGAAGGAACCAUGUUUGUAAACCAGCUAGACAGGAUUAGUGAAGAAGAAGGUGAAGUGUGGGAUUCCAGAGACUAUCGACCCUUAAUAUUUGAGAAUGCAAAUAUAACAUUUGUAAAUGAAGAUGAUGAUGAUGAAGAGGAAGAUAUCUCAGACGAUGAGGAAACAUCAAAAUCCUCCAUGGAUGAUAAUCUUGCAGAGGAAUCAGAAACUGCAAAAAACCUGGUAAAAUUCCCAUCCUCUGAUGAAUCUACCUUUACCAAUAACGAGCUAGAACUUUCUGUGCCUUAUGAACAACUGAUGAAUGAAUAUAAUACAGUAAGCAAUGUGAAGGCUGCAACGUGA